AUGAUGGUACAAAGGGAAUGUAUUUCUGUUCACAUCGGUCAAGCCGGAGUUCAAAUUGGAAAUGCCUGUUGGGAAUUGUAUUGUUUGGAACAUGGAAUACAACCUGAUGGUCAAAUGCCAUCGGAUAAAACCAUCGGAGGCGGCGAUGAUAGUUUCAAUACGUUUUUCAGCGAAACUGGAGCUGGAAAACACGUACCCAGAGCUGUUUUCGUGGAUUUGGAACCGACCGUUGUCGAUGAAGUUCGUACCGGAACCUACAGGCAAUUGUUUCAUCCGGAACAGUUGAUCACUGGAAAAGAAGAUGCUGCCAAUAAUUAUGCUCGCGGACAUUAUACCAUAGGGAAAGAAAUCGUCGAUAUUGUUCUUGACCGUGUGAGAAAAUUAGCAGAUCAAUGUACGGGUCUUCAAGGAUUUUUGGUUUUUCAUUCUUUCGGCGGUGGCACAGGUUCAGGUUUUACGUCACUCCUAAUGGAAAGACUUUCGGUCGAUUAUGGUAAAAAAAGUAAAUUGGAAUUUUCUAUUUAUCCCGCUCCCCAGGUAUCAACUGCUGUCGUCGAGCCUUACAAUUCGAUUUUGACGACUCACACAACUCUCGAACAUUCAGAUUGUGCCUUCAUGGUCGAUAACGAAGCCAUUUACGACAUAUGCAGAAGAAAUUUGGAUAUCGAAAGACCGACUUAUACUAAUUUAAACAGACUCAUUGGGCAAAUUGUUUCAUCCAUAACGGCUUCUUUAAGGUUCGACGGAGCACUCAACGUCGACCUGACAGAAUUUCAAACGAAUUUGGUACCUUAUCCGAGAAUUCAUUUUCCUCUCGCGACAUACGCUCCCGUUAUCAGUGCCGAAAAAGCUUAUCACGAACAACUCACCGUUGCGGAAAUCACAAAUGCUUGUUUCGAACCUGCCAAUCAAAUGGUAAAAUGCGAUCCGAGACACGGGAAAUACAUGGCAUGCUGCAUGCUGUACAGAGGAGAUGUCGUACCGAAAGAUGUCAAUGCGGCAAUUGCAACAAUCAAGACUAAGAGAACGAUACAAUUUGUAGACUGGUGUCCAACCGGUUUUAAGGUUGGAAUCAAUUAUCAGCCACCGACGGUAGUUCCAGGAGGUGAUUUGGCCAAAGUCCAAAGAGCCGUUUGCAUGUUGUCUAAUACCACGGCUAUUGCUGAAGCUUGGGCUCGUCUCGAUCACAAAUUCGAUUUGAUGUAUGCCAAACGUGCUUUCGUACACUGGUACGUCGGUGAAGGAAUGGAAGAAGGAGAAUUUUCCGAAGCAAGAGAAGAUUUGGCUGCAUUGGAAAAAGACUACGAAGAAGUUGGUAUUGAUUCCGUUGAAGAAGUCGGGGAAGGAGACGAAUAUUAA